AUGAAUAUGGAAAAUGUUGGCCAGCGCGAUGAUCCAUCAGUUGAUGUGGUAACACUGGAAACGCCAAGUCUUUCAGCAAUGCUUGGAACUAAUUCGGCAGCAGCACUACCACGUUCUUUGUUUUCUUUUAUGGAAUUUAAUUUUUUUCUUUUCAUUUUUUUUAUCUAA